GUUGAGAAAAAAUUCUGGAAACAUGGCGGUCAGCAUCCGAGGCCGUCCGACCCGAAGCAUUCGGAUGCGAGGUCGGAAUGACAGUGGGGAGGAAAAUGUACCGCUCGAUCUUUCCAGAGAGCCCUCCGAGAACCUUCGGGAGAUCCUUCAAAACGUUGCCAAGCAACAAGGAGUCUCCAAUAUGCGCAAGCUUGGCCACCUGAACAACUUCAUAAAGCUUCUCUGCAAUGUCGGCCAUUCAGAGGAGAGACUUGGGUUGACACAUGAAGAAAUAAUUGUUUGUCUACGUCUGGCGCUGCUGAACGAGGCUAAGGAGGUGCGCGCGGCCGGCCUGCGUGCGCUGCGCUUCCUCAUCAGGGACAGCAACAUCCUGGAGAAGGUCCUCAGGCUGCAGGUGGACUACCUGAUCGCCAGGUGCAUAGACAUCCAGCAGAAUAACGAGGUGGAGCGAACACAGGCGCUCAGGCUGGUGCGAAAGAUGAUUACUGUGAAUGCACUACUCUUCCCUUCCUCCAUCACCAACUCCAUCAUUGCCGUGGGCAACGAUGGGAGGCAGGAGCGAGACCGCAUGGUGCGCGCCUGCAUCGCCAUCAUCUGUGAGCUUGCCCUGAAGAACCCCAUGAUGGUAGCCCAGAGGGGAGGCCUCAGCACCCUCCUGAAGAACGUCAUCGACUGCCAGCUGAGCCGCAUCAACGAGGCCCUCAUCACCACCGUCCUGCACCUCCUCAACCACCCGCACACUCGCCAGUUUGUGCACUCCGACGUGGAGCUGGAGCAAAUACUGGCACCCUACACAGACUUCCACUACAGACACAACUCGGACACAGCAGAGAGCCAGCUGAAAGAAGACCGAGAGGCCUGCUUCCUGGCUAGUAAGAUGUCCAUAGUGGCUUCCUUCCGCUCCUGGUCAGGCAUCAUUAACCUGUGCAAGUCAGGCAACUCUGGAAUACAGUCUCUGAUUGGCUUGCUCUGUAUUCCAAAUAUGGAGGUGAGGAAAGGCCUGUUAGAGGUCAUGUAUGAUAUCUUUCGUCUCCCUGUGCCAGUUGGAACUGCCGAUUUUCUAGAAGCACUUGACAGUGUAGAUCCCAGCAGGUUUCAAGACAGCUGGAGGUUGUCAGAUGGUUUCGUUGCUGCUGAAGCAAAAAUAAUCCUUCCACACCGAGCACGCUCAAGGCCUGACCUCAUGGAUAACUACCUGGCUCUGGUGCUGUCUGCCUUCAUCAAGAGUGGACUGUUAGAGGGUCUCGUUGAGGUGAUCACCAGCAGCGAUGACAAUAUCUCGGUGCGAGCCAUGAUUCUCCUUGGCGAGCUCCUCCACAUGACCAACACCAUCCUCCCGCACAGUCACAGCCAUCACCUGCACUGUCUGCCCACCCUCAUGAACAUGGCCGCCUCCUUCGACAUCGCACAGGAGAAGAGACUACGAGCGAGUGGAGCGGUGAACCACCUGAAGCGGUUUCACGAGAGGAAGAAGCGAAGGCCGAAGCCCCACAGCCUGUAUCUAGACCACAUCGUCCGCAAGGCCGCGUCGUCACAGCACUGUCGAGAGCAGCACUUCAGGCCCCAGAGAGACAUCUACAUCAUCAAGGACGCAGAAGAUGCCUUGCUGACGCACCUGAGAGACAGCCACAUCCUGAACCACAAGGAGAACCUGGACUGGAACUGGGUCCUCAUCGGUACCAUACUGAAGUCCAAGUGCAAAAUGAACUGUCCUAAACUGAAAUGUAACUGUACCACUGGAGUAUGUGAAAUGUGUGUGCAAACUCUCAUGAUUGUGUUGUUUUUUAUGGCAGGUUACAGAGGGCCAAAUGUUUAUCUUCCUGUGCACUUAUAUGGCCAGCUUGUUCAUGAUAAGACGGGCUGCCAUCUACUGGAGAACCAGAACGUGGUUCCUGACCUGAGCUACACAGUUCGCUCCCCGAUGCUGGACCAAUGGGAGGACAUCAAGCAGCUGAAGGCUGCUCUGUGGGCAUUGGGCAACAUCGGGUCGUCCAACUGGGGUCUGAACCUGCUGCAGGAGGAGGGGGUGAUCCCAGACAUAGUGGCUCUGGCCCAGCACUGUGAGGUCCUGUCUGUCCGGGGGACGUGUGUGUACGUGCUGGGCCUGAUCGGGAAGAGCCGGCAGGGCUGCGAGCUGCUGAAGCAGCAGGGCUGGGACGCCGUGAGGCACGGCCGGCGUACGCCCUGGCCCGUGGUCCCGGAGGAGGUGGAGCCCCACCCCGCCGCCCAGCUGUCCUCCGUGCCCAGCACCCUCAGCCUCACCUCUGAGUCCACCAGCUCCCAGCACAACAGCGAGGGAGACUCCACGCAGCCCAGUGUGUACAUCCUGGACGACGAGAGGCUGGACCCGUCGGACCCGUCGGAGCCCCCCCUCUACCUCCGCCCCAAGCUGCUGAAGGACCGCAUCCCCUUCACCCUGCUGGCCUCCAGCCGCUUCCGCACCCGCCUGCUGCACUCUCUCUCGCUGUCCGGCAAGAAGCUCCGCAGCGGCGACGCCAAACCCGGCCGCAAGCGCACCGUCACGGAGCCCUCGUACGGCCUCGGCGGCGCCUCCGACGCGUUCCCCGUCUGCGACGACGGCGAGGGCCGCCCGGCCGAGAGCCCCUCGGUGUCCCUGGAGACGGCGUUCGUGGGCGUCAAGUCCGCGGGGAGCCGCGGGAGCACGCCCAGCUUCGGGGAGGGGGAGGGGGGGGGUGGUGGGCGGCGGGGGGGCCUGGGGGCGGGGGGGCGGGAGAGGAGCAGCGGGGCUCACUUCAAGAGCCGCAGCCAGAGCUUCAACACGGACACGACCACCAGCGGCGUGAGUUCCAUGAGCUCCUCGCCCUCGCGGGAAACGCUGCCCUCCACCAUGGACACGGACUGCGCCAGCCUCAACACCGUCAUCAGCGCUCGUGCCCUCCAGACCCUGCCCUCCCUCUCCCCGCGGCAGCCCGACUCCUCCCCCGUCCUCCCCAGGCCCAACGCCGCCGCCCUGGUCCCUCCUGGCUCCUCCCACACCCUCCCACGCCGCGCCCAGUCACUCAAGUCGCCCUCCGUCGCCACCCUCAGCAGCCUGACCGACUGCGGGCUCACCUACUCCAGCUCCAGGGACGCUCUGGGCUACGCCACGCUCAAGUACGCCAGCUGUCGCCACGGCUACGCCAGCCCUCAAGACGCGCUGGGCUACGCCACGCUGAAGAGGCUCCAGCAGCAGAGGCUCCACCCCUCGCUGUCCCACAGCGAAGUGCUGGCCUCGCCCGCCAAGGACGUCCUGUUCACCGACACCAUCACCAUGAAGACAGGCAGCCUGGACUCCAGACUCACCCCGCGAAGGUUUCUGAAGACCCUGAGCUUUGCCUCCCUGGACAAGGAGGAUCUCCUGAGCCCCAUCAGUCAGAGCUCCAUGCAGCGCUGCUCCUCUCUGCGCUCCAUGGUGUCCUGCUCCUACGCCUCCUCCGACGACGACGACUACAUCGGCCUGGCGCUGCCCGUCGACAUCAACAACAUGUUCCACAUCAAGGAGACGCCGUACUUCCAGAAGAGGACCAGCCCUCCCUCUGAGGACAGAUCUGCCAAGUUCUUCUCUGGAGACUCAGAUGGCCCCACUGAGGGGCAGAGACACGCGGGGCUGCGCUCCCAGCUGAGCAUCACAGAGCUGAUGGCAGGGAGCCGUGCCGGGCCGCCUCUGGGCUCAGAGGACACGGGCCUGCAGGAGCACAGCGACGACAACUGCCUGUACUGCACCGGCCUGGCUGUGCUGGGCUUCCACGCUCACGCCAGCAACCCAGACCUGACCGAGGUCCCCGCUUUCUCCGAGUGGUGCAGUCCGCCUGCACAGAACCACCCGGAGGUCAGGGGCCAGUCCACGCUGUCGGGGGUGUCCGGCUGCAGCGACGCCGUUUCCCAGGACUCUGCAGGAAGCACACACAGCACUGAACUGGUUCUGGGAGUGAAGUCCAUCCCAGAGGAUGCUCCCACCGGCAGGGUCCUGCUGAGGAAGGAGGUUCUACGGCUGGUGGUUCACCUCAGUUCCUCUGUGGGCACCAAGGGCCACGAGACCAACCUGCUAACUAUAAAGGAGAAGUUCCCUUAUGCGUUCGAUGACAUCUGCCUGUACUCUGAGGUGUCCCACCUGCUGGCUUACUGCAUGUUCCGCCUGCCCUCACGACGCUUCAUCCAGGAGCUCUUCCAGGACGUGCCCUUUAUCCCGAUGUAUGAAGAGGCAGAGAGCAUUCUGUCCAGGCCGCCUAAGGACAGCCCAGGCCACGCCCCCUCCAGCCCAUAACUCCCCCGGUGGUCUUCCCUCCCAACCUGUGGAGGCCUCAGUCAGCCCUGCUCAUCCCCGGCCCAGACCUCCACUAACCCCAGCUCUUCAUGAACCACAGCCCCCCCUCCCCCUGGUGAAC